UGCAUCCUUUGUUCGGCCCGCCUUCCUGCUCUCUCUCUCUCUUCACUCUUCCUGGUUUUACAGCCUGAUGUCAGACACUGCCAGGCGGUUUAUCAAACAAGUCCAAAGUUGUCGAGACACGGGAGGAGGAUGAUCCCAGCGGUGGAUGAACGUCAGCUGGGAGAAGUUUGUUCACAUUUUAAACCUUGUUUCUGUAAAUGAUAACCGGACGGUCUGUUCUGCAGUGACGGACGCUGCUGUGACUGAACCGCAGCUAGCUCCCCCCGCUAGCUGCUGCUGCUGCUGCUGGCCUAUUAGCUCGGAGCUCACGGUGCUCUGAGUCGGUUUUUAGUUUGGAGUGAGCUCUUUGAAACGCUGACAAGCGCGGUCAAGUUUCACAGAACACGGCUGGGAGGACUGGGAGGGUUUCAAGGAGGAGGACAUCAUGGAGAACAAGGACAAAGUGCAGAUGAGGAAUCACCCUCGCAGACAGCUGAAGAAGCUGAGCGAGGACAGCCUCACCAAGCAGCCGGAGGAAGUGUUUGACGUCCUGGAGAAGCUGGGUGAAGGGUCGUACGGCUGCGUGUUCAAAGCUCAUUACAAAGAGACGGGGGAGAUCGUGGCCAUCAAACAGGUUCCUGUGGAGUCUGAUCUGCAGGAGAUCAUCAAGGAAAUCUCCAUCAUGCAGCAGUGUAACAGUCCACAUGUGGUGCGGUACUACGGCAGCUACUUCAAAAACAGCGACCUGUGGAUCGUCAUGGAGUACUGUGGAGCAGGAUCAGUGAUUGACAUCAUCCGAAUACGCAAUAAGACGCUAACAGAAGAGGAGAUUGCCACCAUCCUGCAGUCCACUCUGAAGGGUCUGGAGUAUCUGCACUUCAUGAGAAAGAUCCACAGAGACAUCAAAGCAGGAAACAUCCUGCUGAACUCUGAGGGUCAGGCCAAACUGGCAGACUUUGGAGUUGCUGGACAACUCACAGAUACCAUGGCGAAACGUAACACCGUCAUCGGCACGCCGUUCUGGAUGGCUCCAGAGGUCAUACAGGAGAUCGGCUACAACUGUGUGGCCGAUAUUUGGUCUCUAGGAAUAACGGCUAUAGAGAUGGCUGAGGGGAAGCCGCCGUACGCUGACAUACAUCCCAUGAGGGCUAUCUUCAUGAUUCCCACCAAUCCUCCACCAACGUUCAGAAAUCCAGACCAGUGGUCUGAGGAUUUUAAAAAUUUUGUCAGCGAGUGUUUGGUGAAAAACCCAGAAAAAAGAGCGACUGCGACACAAUCAUUACAGCAUCCAUUCAUCAAGUCAGCCAAACCCAAUUCCAUCCUCAGAGCCCUUAUCACAGACGCCAUGGAGAUUAAGCUGAAGAGACAAGAGGAAGAGGAGCAGAGGGACCAGGAUGCAGAUGAUGAUGACAACUCGGACGAGGACGAGGUCGACCAGGGGACGAUGGUGCGAGCAGGAAUGGGCGACUCAGGAACGAUCCGGGCUGCUGGCUCAUUAGCUGGUUCACUCAGCGGCACAGCACGGACCAUGAUCGAACACGAGGACACGGGGACCAUGCAGUCACAGCUGGGCACCAUGGUCAUCAACUCAGAUGAUGAGGACGAGGAAGAGGCCGGCACUAUGAAAAGGAGGGAUGAGACGAUGCAGCCGGCCAAGCCGUCGUUCCUGGAGUACUUUGAGCAGAAGGAGAGGGAGGCAAACAGCCACAAUGACGGAGGAGGAAGAGAAAACAAUGCAGACAACCGCAAACCUCCUGCUGAAGGAGAUCUGGAAGUGGUGACUACGUGGACGGUAGAGGAUCUCCGCCUGCGUCUGGCCUCCCUGGACCCUCAGAUGGAGCAGGAGAUCGAGGAGAUCCGUCAGCGCUACCAGGCCAAGAGAAAGCCCAUCCUGGACGCCAUCGAGGCCAAAAAACGACGGCAGCAGAACUUCUGAGGAGGACUGAACUCCUCACAGAAAACAGGAGGGUGUUUUCUCUGUGGAGGUGUGUAAUGUCAGAGACAGCUGAGUUUUCACACAUAAAAAAAAAGGUCGCACAUUUCUUCUAGAUUAACCGCUCUGGAGACGACACAGCUGGAGGUGACGUCUGGAAACUGCUGAAGAAGAACUUCUCGGACAGGGAAUGAUUGACAUUUAAUUUCAAUCCUGAGGAACUUCUCUGGUUUUAACAGUUUGAGGAAUGACACAGGUUUCUUUGUCUUAACUGAUGAUUGUCGUGAAGCCGCUCAGAUGGUUUGGUAUUUUAUGUAAUCGUGUGGUACUAUGUGGCUUCACUGCUGAAUGUUCUCCUAAAGGUACCAAUAAUGCGUAAACUGCUGCCAGUCGUUGUUGGUAAAGCUGCUGAUCAUUUAAGUCCAGGCACAAUACGGAUCAGUCCCAUGCCGUGAAGAGUUAGUUCAAACAAAAGGCAGAUAUGCGAACGUUGAAGCACAUGGCCGCUUCUUUUCAAGCUCAAAUUUAGAAACAGGUCAGAGAUUAUGUAAACAAACCGGUUCUGUCGGAUUUUGGUAAACAGUUCAAAUUCAGGAGAUGAUAGGAAAAUAGUUUCUACGUUCAGGGCUCAUUUUUCGCUCUCUCUUUUCAUAACUCAUUAUGUUUUUUUCUAUAAGUAAGCAUUCAGUGUUGCAGUGAAGAAUCAUGCAUCGAUCAGCCGUAACAUUAAGACCACCUGACUCUCUGUGGCCUGACCUGAUGAGAUCUGGACUCCUCUAGACCUCUCAAGGUGUGCUGUGGUAUCUAGAACCAACAUGUCAGCAGCAGAUCCUCCAAGUCCUGGAAGCCUUCAAGGAUCAGACUUGGUUGUCCACCUCAUCCCACAGAUGCUGAUUGGAUUGAGAUCUGGGGAAUUUGGAGACCAAGUCAACACCCAGGCCUCCUUCCUCCAUGGCUCUGUGGUCCAGAUCUAAUGCUCUUGGUGGGUGCUUUCGACGCAGCCUUCCAUGUUUCUGCAGGCUGUUACUCCACAUGUGCAUCAUUGAGCCUUGACCACCCAUGACCCUGUCUCUGGUUCUCCAGUUCUUCCUUCCUGGUAGAUUCUGACACCUGCAGACCGGGAACACCCCACGAAAGCUGCAGUUUUUGGUCCUUCUCAGAGUCGCUCACACCUCACUAUCUCCCGUUUUUCCUGCCUCCACUCAUCAGCUUGAAGGAUGUUCACCUACUGCCUCACUGAUCCGCCCACACAAGUGACACUGCAAAGAGACGACCAUCGUUCUCCUCUUCCCCGGUCUGUGGUCAUAUUGUUACGGCUGACGAGUGCAUCAUCACAUUACCUUAAACUUCCCAUCGUCUCUUGCUUGUAAAGUAAGCGACGAUAUUCAGAUCACGCUUCAUAUGUUACGUCUCAAAAUCUCAAUUCUUCAUCUAAGGUCUGAUUAAAUCAGCAGCUGGAGGUUAGCUCUCUAAGAGUUAAACUGAGCAUGAAGCCGAAUGUUCGGAGGAGGAGAUAUUUGACUUUGCCUUCGUCCAACCUUCAGUGCCCUUCUGUCUUAAUUUGGGUUUUAUUUCAUUGUCUAGCAUCUGUUUUUUCUUCCUCGGCGAGCUAUAAACAGAGCGGGAGCAGGACAGAUUUAUGGAAGAGAUUCAACAAAGCUUUUAUCUGCUGGAUUUAUUGAGUCUGAUCUGGCACACUGGACCCGGCCAAACUGAGCCAGGGAGCUUGGCGUCGACCAGCGACUGAUUUACUCCUGACAUUCCUCGGGCACUCAGAUCGGCCUGCAGAAAACACAAACGGGAGGAUUCUAUUUUUAUACGUAGGUUUAGAGGAAAACACGGUCGCACAGGUUUGAUCACAGGAGAAUGAAAAGCAGCGUCUCAGGUCUUAAACUCCUCAGGGCUGUAAAGUAUCUUCUGCAGAGUCACAGAGACGUCUCUCAUAUAUCUGUAUAUUCUGAUUCAUCUGAUGAGUUAAAGAGUUUAACUUCUUUAAAUUAUUACUCUGAGUUCAAAACACAGUCUGGUGUUUUUGUGGAGAGACCCUGCAGAGCGAUGUCAAAUAACAUCUGAGCGUCAUCGCCUCACGAGCACAACGUCUCUUUCGUCUCCUGCUGCACGUGACAAGAAAAGACAAAGGGACUUUUUCUUUCCGCCCUUAUCGUGGAGUUGUGCUGCUUGUUUUUGAGUUGUUGUUUUGAACAGGGACUUCAUAUAAAAACUGUUUCUGCUGGAUUGAUUUUGUUGGAGUGAUGUCACUGAAAAAGGGAAUAUUUUAAAUAAUGGAGAUGAUUUUUGUAAAAUAUGCUGCCUGAGCUGUCGGUGCUGUAUCAGAUAUUUAGUCAUAAUCACUGGAGAAGAUUUUAUAACGGGAAUCAAACUCUUCUGAUGUUUGUCUUCUUUUUCAACAGCUCUUUUCUUUUUUGUCUGACGUCUUUUAACAGCUGGAAGUUUGAAAGAAGGGAUGCACGAUUUCUGAUUAGUUUGUUUUUCCUGCUCUUAUUUUGAAGGGCAGAUUCACAUGUGAGUUCAUGCUUUAUAUCAAAGUACAGAGCACAAAAACUAAGCUCACAACACUUCCAAUAAUAUUUUUUAUUCUUAGAGAGAAAAGCCCCUGCAGAAUCGAAGAACUCAAAAAGCACAAAGCAAAGAAAGAAAAACCUGAUGCUGAAUCAGACGACGAUGUGAUGAUGAUGAUGAUGAUCCUGCAUCCCUAUUUUAAAACUUUCUGUAGCUGUCUUUGUUCUGUAACAGCUUCUUCUGUAUACACUGAUGUCUAUCGGUCCAAAAUAAAACACAGCAGGCGUCUGAAGGUUUGUUUCAGUCUGUAGUGAUCUCUGAACUCCUGCUGCAUGAAGAGAGUGACGGGAUAGAUACACAAAACUUCUCACUGAUAUGUGCAUGAAAAACUCGGGCAAACGAGGGCUGAGCUUGCUAUUACUUAUUUAAUGAAUGUCCAAACGUUGAGCGUUAGAAUCCGACUUUAAUCAACCAGCUCUGCAGGACUUCAUCCUGUCACCGGUAACGUUAAUGAGAGGUCAUGUUUGUUUAUAUUGAGGCUGCAGAUGGGCACCUCUAGGAGAAGUUGCAUGACUCUGCUCUUCAGUUCUGUUCAUGUCCGAGGAGGACAGUUUGACACAUCCUCGUGCUCAUUUAUAAGUUCUCCGUAACGUCCUGUGAUCUCAAAAAGUUCUGUUUUAGCUUGAGUAAACCAGACCAGUUUGAAUUGCUGUGUUCUCUUUUCUCCUGCUCUGCUCGCUCCCUGUAUGAAGCCCUGAUUGGUUGAGUUUCUGAAGUGUACAUUCUGCCUUAAAGUCUGCAGUGAAAGUCGUUUCAUAUGACUGAGCUUUCUGAUGUUGGUUUGUUUAUGUUAUUGUUUUUUGUCUGCUUGUCUUUUAAAGAAAGAAUAACUACUGAAAAUAAGA